AAAUAGGCACGCACCAACCUCAUGCUUAACAAAAAGUCAUGACAACUUCAUUUUAUCUGUCACUCCAAUUAAAUCUCAUUUUCUCUCCUUUCUUCUUCCUCCUCUCUCGCCAUUUCUCCAGGAAAAAUGAAUGAGAUUGAAAAUAUCUCAUCUUCUCCAACCCAAAUAUGCUAUAAAAUCCAAUCUUGACGUCACACUUCUUAGCUGUCUCUGCUCUUCACGAUAACACCCUCUCUGAUUUUGAUAAAAGAGACAGACUGUGCCACACUAACUCUCCCCCAUGCAACUUUUAACUCUAUAAAUACAAAACCCGCUUUCUUCUUCUUCUUCCCCUUCCCCCUCCACCUUAAAUCCAUCCCUUACCAAUAAAAGGAAAAAAAAAAAAAAAUGCAGACUUCAAAACCAGUAUCCUUCCAGACCCACAACCACCAACUGGGUCUUAAAGCUUUAACGGUCUGCCAUGAAACAGACAACACCCACAAUAACUCCUGCAUCAUGACCUCCGCCAUGCUCUCACCGCCUGCAUCUUUCUCUUCUUCGUUUCUGAUGGGUGAUUACAUUGGCAUGGAGAGCUGCUUCGACCUCAACCACAACCAUGACGUCCAUCAAACCUCACCCUCUUCUCCUCACCUUCACAAGGAUACCGGGGGAUCAUCAUAUCGCGGCAUGCGGGACAGACGGCCCAGAGGAAAGACAGAAUUCCCGCCUCCCAUCCCCUUGCUAGCCCGCACCGAGAAUCUGACGUCUCACAUGCCUUGGGUGCUCAGGAGGCACUACACCACCGACGGACGCCUGAUCUUGACGGAAGAGAGGGUCAAACACCACGAGUACUUCCGUGCCCACAGAUCCAACGGCCGCCUAACCUUGCAACUGGUUCCCUUGGAGCAAAACCAGGACGACGAUGACUUCCCUUUUGACCCCGAUGAAGAAGAAAAUGAGGAUGAGGCUGAAGAAGACGCAGAGAGAGAGAGUAUAGAAGAUCCUAUAGCAUGGAACAUGGAAGAGGAGGGUGAAAAUUCAAUGGGGGCCGAGGUGGAAGAACUAGAAAAGAAGAUGAAAAAAAUGGGGGGAUGUGAUAAUAAUUCAGGGGCGGGUGAGGGUUCAAUAGAGAAGGGAGGGAAUAACAACCUAAAUGGAUCAGCAGGGAAGUGCUUGAGCUACAACAAUGGUUAUGUGCUUGGGAUGGCUGUGCCAGCAAUAAGGCCUGUUCAAAUAUAAAGGUUGAAUUUUUUUUUUUUUGUGGUUGUUUUUGUUUUUGUUUGUUUGGAAUAUGAGUUGGGUAGAAGAGUGUACAGGCUUAAUCAAUAAAUUAGGCUUGGGAGGUGUCUGUAAUUUACUCAUGUUAUUUGUGUUGGCUUGGUGUGCAAUCCUUCUCCUUACGACCACCCUCGUGGUUAGGGUUAAUUUGGUUUUUUGGAGGGGUCGGACUGCACACGGCGUUAACACCAAAUUUUACCCAGUAAUCUCUUUCUAAUCAUUUAAUUUCCUUGUCAAA